AUGUCUUUCUUCAGUACCGGGAGUACUUCCAUCCUCGUUCAGCCCGAAAAGCAGCUGGCACUCGAGGCGGCACGAUUCCAAAAGUCGCGCAAUCGCAUCGCGCAAAACUUGUCUCAAUACAAUACCGACAUCAAGUUGGUAUGGUCUCAGUUUGGGCCAGACCAGAACGAAUUCAACCAGAUGCAAAAAAGAACUGAGCGCACAAAUCCCCAAAGUGGAAAAUUUGCUUGGAGUCGCCGCCCUGGCCCCCUUGGGUGA